GAUAUUUUUUUUUCUGUUAACCGACAAUUCUCACAGUUAGGGGGUUAGUUCGGAAGUAGUGCGCAACGGGAAUACCGUUGCUGCGUGCGUCCGGAUACAGUAAGUAACAAAACUGCGAAAUCACUCUCGGCGACAAGCGAAGGUUGUGGUCGGGUUAUCAAACGAGCCAUCAAAGAGCACGGUUACAAAAGUAUCUGUUUGUCCGGUUUGUUUACAUACUGGUUUUUCUCUUCUGUCUACUCAAUCAGUUCUGUAAAUCAGAACUUGUUACUUUUAAGUCUAUCUUUGAGGUUGCUUUGACUGUCAUUAAUUGUUAAAGACCGUCUUUGUUCUGCGCAGCAAACUACAAUGGAAUUGGCUUUUCGCGCGUGACGUCACUGGACAUUGUUUAUCGGCCAAUCAGGAUCGGGAAUUUAUUGAUUUCAAUUAAUAGGAUCUGCCCCCGCGUCAAUCAAUGAAUGAUUAGCAAGUCACUCGCAGCUACACACCAAACUUAAUUCCAUUAGAAAAUGCGGCGAAUAAGUGGCAAAUUAUGAAAGUCUCUACAACGUCCGACGCUUUAAGUCGAGCUCGGCAAUUGCCAAUGCAUGCUCUGUGUGUCACGCUAUCUGAAGUGAUGUGAGAUUAUUUAUAGUCGGGAUACGUAUUCAUGGUUCUGAACGCUUGCGAAAGCGACAGUCUAACAGAACCGGUGGAGAGGGUUUCGCCAUCUUGCAGAACGGUAACCCAAUCUCCAAGAGCCAUGAACGAGUCAAUCCAAAGCGCAAGAGGGCAACGUAGAUACCGUACAACACGUCCCUACGAAGAUGACGUCGAGCGAAGCGACGACGAACCGAGGAUAGGCUCGCCGACUUCGAUGAAUAUACACAGUGAGCCUGCCGAAGGCUUGGGCGAAAUGUCUCCGAGGGUUGAUAGCGACGGGUCUUCUUCGUCUGGGGCUAAAAAGAAAGGACUUCAGAAGCUUGCUUCGGGAGCCAUUGCUAACAUCGGAUCGGUUUUUAGGGGGGGUACUACUGGUGGUGAGUCAGAGGGGCGAAGUGACUUAAGUGCGGGUAGAGCGUCUAGGAAUACAUCGAAGGGCUCGUCUAAUAGUUCUGAUUUCACUGUCGACUCUGAUUCAGGGAUGCAGGAGAAGCUGUCACCGCCUUCCAACAAGGAGAAAUUUUUUCAGAAGGGCUGGCGAAAUCGGCUGAAGGUCAUUCCCAACGCAGGCAAUGCCCUGUGGAUUCCUCAGGAUAACUUCAGCUGGUGCUCUGUGGAAGGACGCAGACUUCAGCUAACAGACACUCAACUUUCAGCUCUGUCCGAACCGGAGUGUGUUGCUCUUCAAAGAGUCGCUCAAACUCGGUUAAAGCAAUUGGAUUUUAAAAGUCACGUUACAAUACCUAAAGAUCCACGAAAUCCUAGGAAGUCUUUAAAGCGAGCACUGUCAUGGAAAAAAGGAAACUCAGGAUCAAGUUUACUUGACAAAGACAAAGAAAAUGGUGUAUUUGCAAUACCCCUUCACAGAGCUGUCUCCACACAAAACCCCCCAGAUUCCAGUGAACUAAAAAAAUCACAAAAGAAUAUCAAAGAGGGAACACCAUCAAUAUCAUCAACUGGAACCCAAGAAGCAUCUGAUGACUCUGGGGUGAGAAGACACUCAUCUGGAUCCAGCAUUUCUCAAAGUUCCAGGUCAUCUGUGGAAAAUUCAAAUUCAAAUACUGAUGAAAAGACUUCCUCCCAAAAAGACCAACCUCUAGAAUCGCCGAGUUGGAAAUCACGACUUAUUGAAGCAUUGACACUCCUGUCUUCAUCUGCAUCUGCAUCAUGUUUAAUGGAUAAACAGUCAGUGCUAAGUCCCCUGCAACCUCAAGUUCCACCAAUUGUCUUGAAUGCUAUUGAGCACCUUCACUGUUAUGGUCUUCAUGUCCUAGGAAUAUUCAGAGUCGGAGGUUCUAAGAAGCGAAUGAAACAAAUGAGAGAUCAGUUUGAUUCUGGAGAAAAAACAAAGUUCACAGAUGAAGACAACCCACAUGAUGUGGCGGCAUUAUUCAAAGAAUACUUCAGAGACCUUCCAGAGCCAUUGCUUACUCGUGACUUGUACUCUGCCUUCCUAGAAACCCAAACCUUCGAUAAUCCAAGUAUGCAAAUCUCAGCUCUUCGACUUCUUUGCUGUCUUCUACCAGCACCAAACAGAGACACAUUAAAGGUACUCCUGGAAUUUCUCUCUGAGGUAGCGCAAUGGGCAGAAGACAGCAUCGACGACAAAGGCAAAGAGAUUCCUGGAAACAAAAUGAACUCCAGAAACUUAGCCAUUAUAAUUGGCCCGAAUAUUUUACACAAGGUAAAAGGGCAACAUCACGACUUUCUUGUAGAAGACAAGGCCCGUGCAGAUGAAAGGAAGGAGAUAAUUGAUGUGGUGCAAGACAUGAUUGAACAUCACGACGAGUUGUUUCAGAUUUCAGCAGAAAUGCAUCAUGACGCACUGAUUCAUCUUUUGGACAAUGAACCGGAACUACUGGAUUUAAUUUUAAGAAGAAGGUUAUUGAGAACACACGGAGUGAGCUCUGAAACGGAAGACGACCCUUUCAUUUACGAAGAAAGUGGUAAGGCAGAGACGCCAAUAAGAGGACGCGUCAUGUCCGCUGGGGCGGCAGAACGUCCCGUAACACGUUUUCCGAACGCGUCUGGUUCGCGUUCUUUCAACGACUCAAACUGGCGCACGAGACAACAUCCUUCACCGCGCACAGUGACACGCAGUAGUAGUGACAGAUCAAAUCACAGUGCUGCAUUUCCAAAUCGUAGUUAUUCUUUUAAUCAAGACGAUGCCAGGUAUCACCGAGAACACAUGUUCGGGCGGCAGAUGUCCUCUUCCGACGAUUACGCGUCGACGAUGAGUUACAAUUCAAAUUAUAGACAAAACAAACGAAAGACACCGCCGCUGGUAAGACCUACGUGCAGAUACGAAGGAUCAGCUUUUGAGCAACCUCCGUCUCCUGCUCUUUCUUCAGGGUCGACUUCAGUUUCUUAUUCAAACUAUUCCACACCUCCUUCAUCUCCUUCAUCUACUGCUUUCGUUUCUGCGGAAUCCACUUCUUCAUCACCAAUCCCAGUCCGGGCCUACGUAGCUGACGAUGGACAUUUGAUAAAAGAAUGGACCACCUUGCAAACUGAAAUUGAAGUCGAAUUGGCCCGGGACAGAAACAAGGAGUUCACUCAUAAUCAGCCUUUUGAUUCUAGAACGUUUAGCCUUUCAGACUGGCAGCUGGAGAAUUGGUUCCAGUGGGAAUCAAAAACUCAGCAAAACAGCAGCCAGAAAGACUUUCUUGAGCAGGAAACUCUAGUGUAGGAAUUCCACGGUAACUGCUUUAUUUUUAGUGCUUGAAUAGUAAAAGAGUUCAGUUUAUUUAAACAGUCGAGUAGAGCAGACAGUCGAGGAGAGCAGACACCAUUUUCGUCGACUCAUAAAAUUUCAGUGCCCUUCAUCAAUCAAAAUAAGAGGAGGUACGUCAUACAUAUGGAUAUGUAAGCCUACCUAUACCACUGACCAGUGCAGUGAACGCAAUCAAUUCAAAACAACCGGAAGUUUACUGUCAUCUGGUCUUUGUUCCCUCAACUAAUAAUAUCUCAACACUAGAGUUAGAAAUAGAGGUUUUUACUGUUAACAAAGCGGAGGAUAUCGCGAGAGAAGCAUUUAUUUAUGUAAAAAAAAUAUAUUAAUUAGAAAACGAGUGCCUUUUCUAUAUUCUACAUCUGGAUAGAAGAAAUGAAAAUAUCAUACAAAUCUACACUACGUGUAGACGCUAAGAGUAAAACCGACUUUGGUGAAUUCCUUCCUGUUGUUGAAGGUGUAUAUACGUAAUAAAGCAAGUUUGAGAACGCACAUAACACAAGGCCGGUGAGAGUAGUAAUAUACCCAGGGCUCCUACGGCCAGGAGCCGGAGAGUAUCUGGGUACUAGUAGUCUCGAGAGAUGCAUACAACCGGCCAAAGUAAAGCUAGAAAUGUAAGAUUGGCAACGUGUACUUAAUUUAAGCUUCGGGAGAUGGCGAAAGAUCUUCGGUGAAGAUUACGUGGAAAAUUUUCGUUCUUAUCUUCGGUUUGAUCUCGUUCAUGCGACAAUUUUUUUCGUAACAUUGACUGAUUUUAAAGUGCGAUUGUCAUAACAAAAAUACGUUAAGUCUAAUUAAAUUAGCAUGCUUCGCAUUAGAAUGUGGUAUUUUCAGAAAUGUUUUAUUUGCAUGACUAUUUUGUUGUUAAUGCAUAUCGUUAGAAUAGCGCGUACAUUCCCCCCCAAUUAAUCCUUUUCGGGCCCGUAAAUUUUUUCUACCGCUGAAAAAUUCUCCCUAAAUAUUGUAGCUUAUAAAAA